UUGUGCAAUGAUCUUUUGUUUAUAUAUGGGUACACGCCCAGGGUAAAAUUAAUAGUAAUACACCCUUGAUGAUAAUCUAUCCAAUAGGUACCGGCGGUUCGACUCUUAGUGUUAGCUCUAAGGGAUGCUACUUACUAGGCUAGGUAGCUAAGGUAAUCUCCAGCUCCCCCAGUCUCUACAACACAGAAUAACAACCGUUUCUCAAUUCCAUAGUCAAUCAUAUCGCCAAACCUGUCGCUAAGUCCGAAUUGAGGCUGUCACAACGAUACCUAUUACACGCAUGCUCUGGCAGCAAUCGAUCAUUUAUCAGCUCCGUCUUCUUUCAAUUCGCUAAGUCAGCAACGAACCAUGGCAAAGGGAUCGAACCAUGGCACAGAGACGACGGUGCUGCGCAAAUUCGGAAUUAACGAGGCGUACCAACUGGCCAUGUAUCUGCUGGACCAAUAUCGUGGCACUGUCCUCUCUUGUCGCUAUGCAAUACCGUCACGUCUUGCGCCGGCAGAUUCACGGACCCAGCUGGAGCAGGCAGUCAAGGUCGCUGUCGUGGACACCGUUAUGAGACAUCCGAUGCUGCAAGUCGGCAUGAUGAAUGCAACCUCCAAGGCUCCCUCGUGGAUCCAACUGCAGAAUCUUGACUUAACGCAACAUAUAAAAUGGCUUUACAUCGGAGAGCAUGACGGCUUUGAAGAAACGGUCCAGGAAACCUUUCGCACUCAGCUCGAUGAACAUUUCCCAGACCUUUCCAUUAAGCAGCCGGGCUGGAAAAUUACCAUCGUCCGGCAAGGGAAUGCUCCUACCAUGGAGGUCCUACUCACUUGGAAUCAUCCCCAAUUCGACGGUGCAGGUGCCAAGGUGUUCCAUGAAGACUUCCUCGAGAUGCUCAAUAAUGCCAAGAAUGGAGCAUAUGAGCGGACGGGCUUGGAUGGCGAUAUCCUGACACUGCCUCAAGAGCCACCCUUGCUUCCAAUACCAAUCGAGAGCUUAAUAAGUCUUCCAGUAGAUCUCACGUACCUCGCCAAAAUGUUUUGGGAGGAAAUUCGGCCCCAAUUUCUUAAUAGGGACGUAUCCCAAGCAGCCUGGUGCCCGAUUCGCAGCUCUCCAUACAAGACCCAGUUCCGGACCUUUUUUAUGGAUAACACAGCUCUACUUGCGAUCCUAGCUCUCUGUCGACAGAACAAGACUACCAUCACCGGCCUGUUAAACGGAUUAGCGCUUAUUGCCUUCUCAUCGCGCCUCGACAGCACGGUCGCCCCGGCCUUUCAAUGUGCUACCAUUGUGGAUCACCGCCGGAACCUGCCGCCCGCCCCGCCAGACGCUCCAUGGGUUCGCUCCGACAGAGCAGUGGCCAACUACGUGACUCAGGUGUUCCAUAAAUUCGACGCGAAACAGGUCGCGCAGAUUCGUUCCAAGCUACCGGCCGAUGAUACCAGCGAUGGCAGAGAUCUGUCCUCCGACCUCCAACACGAGCUCUGGGCCGCGUCGGCGCAGAAUCGGCUGGAGAUAGUGCGCAAGCUGGAAGGUGGGCUGCGAAACGAUCUCAUCGGAGUGUUCAAGUACGUGACGGACUGGCAGCAGACGAUGAGCAGCAUGGCGAAGAAAAAGCGCCAGUUCUCGUGGCUGGUGACCAACGUUGGCGUGCUGGACGGCAACAGGCUGAGCACCACCGGUGGUAACGCCAAAUCCGACGACGACCAGAGGUGGUCGAUCGACCGAGCGCAGUUUGGCCUUAGCGCUGAGAUACCCGCUGCCGCUAUCGAGUUUGCCCCGAUCAGCGUCGCUGGCCGGGGAAUGUGUGUCAGCGCCAACUGGCCGGACUGUGCUGUUGAUACGACGUUCGGGGAGCGCAUCAUGGCUGAUCUGGAAAGAUGGCUGACCCAACUGGCGAGCCAGUCGUGAUGUGCCUGUUUCGAAGUACCGCUUGUAUAUAUACAUAUACUUAGAGAGGAUUCAGGAAGGAAAUACAUAUUUUACCUCAGCUUCUCCUAGACUCCAAAUAUGAUUGCAAAUGCGCCUUGCCAUUAUCACAGGUACUGGCUAAACACACCACAGAGUUUAUGGUCGAGGAAACCAAAAAACCACAGUUAAGGAUUCCUGCAGCUGACGUAGGUGAUGGACUGAUUGGAGGCCUUUUAGGGGAGUCGUUUACAAGAUACAAUGCAAGGGAUGAUGUUGAGAACUAACAGCGUAACAUAAUCAAGGGAGGAAGGAGAGUGACCACCACUCGGCCCCACAUCAAAAAGGGUGGAGUUUUAAGGACCGGAAUGACCCACUUUAUCGG